CUCCCAGGAAGGAAAGUGGGUAGGUAAAUAUUCCCGACAUGCACUGAGCUGCGGGGAGUGUCCUGGCUUUCCAGCACUCCCAGUUGAAGCAAAACAGUAAUUACCAGUCCUGUGGGCUCCAUGAAGUGGCAGGAGUAGCUGUCAGCCGGGCGCAACGCUGUCAUGCCUUGUCCAGGGCUGGGGGAAAGGGACGUGGAACUCCUCCUCUGCCUCUCCGUCUCCGCUCGGAUGCCCAGAGUACUUUAGGCUUCAGUCAGUCUUCCCCUGUGUUUCUUCUUGGUCAAGUCUUGGACCAGGAGGUUAGCCCAGCUAAGGUCCCACUUCCAAGGUCUUGCCCAUCUGAGAGAAGGUUGUGGUUCCAGUCCUGUUUGAUGUCAUGCUGAAGAGCCUGCCUGAAGCCAAGCCAGUCAGGAGAGGGCUUUGGAGAGAUUGAUCUCUUCGGAAUAAAUGAAGAAAGUGACUAUGAAAGCACAGCAUCUGCCUUCUGUUUCUGUUUCCAUCAACGAGGAGAAGUUCAUAACCAGAGAGCAGCUCAGUUCUCUUCUGAAGACUUACAACUCUUACUAUUCUGAUCAAGAAAAUCUGCAGCUGUCGCAUAAUCAGCGAGAAGGAAGCAAACCAUUUAUUGAAGGAAUCUUGUCAAUAUUUUGGGGAGUCCGACACCCUAUCCGACUGAAAAUUCAUGAUGAGAAGCAGAUACCCUCUUUCGUAACCCUGAAGUCCACAGAGAAUGUGGGGUUGUUCCCUGGCAAAAGGGGAAUGACGCGCUGGGGAGAGUUUGAUGACCUAUAUCAUAUUAGUGGGGAGACACUGAAAUCCACUGAAGAAAAGCCAGACCUUGAGAAAGGUUAUUCCUGUUAUGAAAGCUGCACUCUGAAGCCCAAGAGCAAUCAGGAAUGUGACUGUGCCACCCUGCCUGGGGCCACCAGCCACGCUGCGGCCGUGCCAAAGAGGACCAGGCCACCCAUGAUAGCGAGGACAGAAGUGGAAACUCACAGGUUUUCAAUUAAUGGCCACUUCUACAACUAUGAGACAUCAGUUUUCACUCCAGCUUAUGGAUCAGAAACCAAAAUAAGAAUCAACAGCCAGAUGAGAACGAGACAAGUGAUAGAACAACUGCUGCGGAAGUUUAAGAUCGAGAACAGCCCACAGGAAUUUGCACUUUACAUCAUCCACGCCUCCGGAGAGAAGAAGCAGCUGAGGAGUGAAGACAUUCCCUUGCUGCACAGGCUCUUGCAGGGGCCUUCUGAGAAGGUUGCCAGGUUCUUUCUGAUGGACAGGGACGUGGAAGAGAUCAGCAGUGACGUUGCCCAGUAUAUCCAAUUUCAUCUUCCCUUUUUGGAGUCAAUUCUGCACAGGAUAAACAAAGAGGAGGAGCAGGAGAUCCAGCAGACAGUUGCCAGGUACAGGAAGGAGAAGCAGUUGAUACACCAGCACCUCCGCAGCCGAACGGUGAAGAAAACAGAGACCACAGUUUGAGAACAGGCUCCUGCGAGCACCCCCUGCGCCGCUGCCGACGGGGAGUCGGGAUGUUUGCAGGACGUGCCGGGACUGGAGAGCAGGAGAAGCCCAGGGGGGGUUCACGUGCUGACGUUUCUCGUGAUAAUUACACACCCGAAACCCAUCCCGCUGCUCUGCAGCCCUGGGAUACGAGCUGGGAACCACCUCAGAAGAGGCACUGGAUCCCCCAAAAGAGAGAUGCUGGAUCCGGCUUGAAACUUAAGAUAGGGGAAAAAACCUGUGAAAAGCACAAGGCUUUAAAACCUACUAAAACUAUUGCCAAAAGUCUGGCAUAUAAGAAAAUUAUUGCAAUAACCGAUGUGUUAAUCAUACAGAAAAUAUGAAAAUUAAGUGUAUGGUUUUCCUUCUAUUAGAGAAAUGUUGAAUUACACUAGGAGGAAGCUUUUCAGUAGAGAUAAGUGGCAAAAAGUAUUUAUGUAUCUAAGAUUGCAGUUAGGCUUUUCCCUUAUCUUAAAAAAAUACCUGUGCAAGAGAGACUCCAGGUCCCAUUGACUCUGGAAUGGUCGAUGCCAAACUUGCUUCAGCUUUGAGCUACAGUUAGAAAAGUAUCAAAGGGAACCCUCCCACCUAACAGCAUCUCAGCUCUUAAACUGACGGGGGAGUUUCUCUCUGAAAUACCUCCCAAACUGCAGAGUCAGAGCUCUCAGGAAAUGCUGCUGCAUCUUCUCGAGUUGGGUCCUGGGGGACCCCUCAGCGUGUUCUGCUGUUGGAGCAGAUGACUGGGUGUUGUUUCCCGUGGUUCCUGUUUGUGGAGGGAAAUGAGGAGUGUUCAGAGAGGGAUGGGAUGGGAUGUCACAGCCCUGGCAGGGUCAGGCUGGCCCUUCCCACCCAGUGGCCCCAGCCCAGUGCCCAGUAGCCGUAGGGUCCUGUCUGCUUGAGUCCUGCGGAAUAUUGAAGCUCAAAUGGUACUGAUGUAAAUAAAAUCCAACUUGUGCACAACUAA